AUGAUCGCAUACAGAUGGAAUGGCCGAAGAAUAUCCCUCGAUCUGCCCGAUGCAACCAAAAAGGAGGUGGACUUCCUGGACACCUCUUUCUUCACUGCCAUCCCCGGUCGUCGACUGCCAUCGCCGCAUGAGAUAAGAUCUCUAUCAAAGAAUGAUAAAUCCGCCCAGCCAAAACCGGUGAUCAUCGAGGAUCUUGAUCUGAUUGUCAAGUUCGGGCCCUCUAUAACCGCCGUGAAAGCUCUGAAUCUCUGGAUGAUUCGACAUGUAUUCCACGAGAAAGUUCCGGUGCCCGAGGUCUUCGGUUGGCGAAUCGAUGACCAGGGCUUUGGGUUCAUAUACAUGGAGCUGAUCCGAGGGCCAACGAUCCAUGAUUGCUACGACUCUCUUACCGAUGGUCAAAAACAGGAAAUCUGUGAUAAAUUGCGUGGGGUCCUGGAUACUCUGCGCCAGCCCAGGCAAGACCCUGCAGACCGGUUUGUUGGUAUGGCGAGAUAG